AUGGCAUCAUUAGUAUCACCAACGCGCCACAUUGCCAGGGCAUUCGUGCCAACAACCCGUCUCACCCAGCGACGAUGGGCGCAGGUGCACGAUAUCCGCUUUNUGGCGACGCACCAGAAGCCCGAUCAGAGAGUCUUUGACAAGUACAAGGCCAAGCUCGAGCAAAAAGCAAAGCAGGAGGGCCACGGCGAUGUCGACAAGCUCAAGUCGGCCUACAAGGACAAGAUUGUCGAGCUCCGCCAGAAGGCCAUCGUUCCUGGCGCAAACGCCCCUCUGGACGCCACCACUCCCACGACAUCCAACACACCCAAUGCUCCCUUCCAGCCCCCGCCGCCGCCCCAGCCUCAGACACAACAACCUGAGCCACCAAAGUCGUCUGUAUCCGCAGAGCAAAAGGCCGGCAUCAAGACGCUAGCAUCCUUCAUCGACGUCGCAAAGACAAAAGAACUGCCCCAGAGAGAGAUUGAAUACAUCUGGAGGUUGCGCCACGCCAGCUCCCCCAGCUCCUUGUGCGCCGUCGUGCCCACUCCCACCUACCAGCAGAUUGUCGAGACUGCCCGCAAGCAUCCUCAGUUUGUCUUGCCUUUGCCCAAAGAGGGUCAAGGUGCCGAAAUCCACUUCUUGCAGUGGACCUUCCCCUCGCCCACUACCUGCACUGUGCUCUUCACCGCUCUGGCCGAGUUCAAGCUCAAGGGCGAGUUCGCACAACCUCACACCACAGUCACCCACCAUCUGGAUCUGGCCGACGAANAGGGCCUCGUCCUGCUUGAGGGCACCGUCAUUGAGGACAAGCAAAUCACUGUCGAGGAGGGCAAAUGGCUGUUGAUGUGUCUACAAAAGUUCUACGGAAAGUCUGCCGAGCAGAGUUCUCGCAGAAAGUUGAUGGAGCAGUUCAGCCAGGGAGACAGCAGCUUCAAGAUUGAAGAGCUCCUGGAGGAGGCUGAGAAGAUUUAG